CGGAGCGCCGCCCUCCUUCCCUGCUUCCCGCCGGGCCGCCGCCGCAGCCGCCACCAUGAUGCUGCUGAGCCGCGGGCUGGACGCCAGGGACAAUCAGACUAGACAAAUACAAGAUGCUGUUUCAAAUGUGGAAAAACAUUUUGGUGAAUUGUGCCAAAUAUUUGCUGGAUAUGUACGUAAAACUGCCAGACUACGAGACAAAGCAGAUCUUCUAGUAAAUGAAAUAUAUGCAUAUGCAGCUACAGAGACACCAAACUUAAAAGUUGGAUUGAAAAACUUUGCAGAUGAAUUUUCCAGACUUCAGGAUUAUCGCCAGGCAGAGGUUGACAGGCUGGAAGCCAAGGUUGUUGAACCUCUGAAAUGUUACGGGGCCAUAGUGAAACUUAAAAGGGAUGAUCUUAAAGCAACUUUAACAGCAAAGAACCGAGAAGCCAAGCAAUUAUCUCAACUGGAAAGGACACGUCAGAGGAAUCCAUCAGAUCUACACAUUAUUGCUGAAAGUGAACUGCAGAGAGCGUCACUGGAUGCUACUCGAAUAACUCGGCACUUAGAGGAAACCAUUGAUAAUUUUGAGAAACAGAAGAUAAAGGAUAUCAAAAACAUAUUUUCUGAAUUUAUAACUAUUGAAAUGUUGUUCCAUGGGAAAGCUUUAGAGAUAUAUACUGCUGCCUACCAAAAUAUCCAAAAUAUUGAUGAACAUGAAGAUUUGGAGGUUUUUCGGAGCUCACUUUAUCCACCAGACUAUCAGUCUCGCUUAGACAUAGUUCGUGCAAAUUCCAAGUCCCCCCUGCAAAGAACUGGCUCCUCAAAAUCUUCAUUAAGAACAGUACAGCAGAUUCCCCGCAGAUUGUUAAGAAAAGAUGAAGAUGAGGAAGAGGAGGAAGAUGAGGAUGAGGAAGAGGAUGAUGAGGAGGACGAAUUUGAUGCUGCUAAGGAAGUGAGAUAACAAAGCUAUUCUAAGAGGGUUUUUUUAUUAAGGGGGAAAAAAACCCUUUACCGGAAGGCUUUUGUAUGUUGGAUCAAAAAUUUCACCAGGGCUGUAUAUUUAAAAUUUCAACGGGAGCAAGAAUCAGCACUAAUUCUUGUGUGCCAGACAACAAAUGACCAGUUUCAAAGAAUGGAAAAAAAAUCUUCCCAAAGUGGACAAUUUCCAUAGCUAGAAAAUGAAAUAUUUAAAUAGAUGCCUGUAUUAUAUUUGCAUAGAUGUUAUAUUGUAAUCACAUUUGCUUAAAUUUACAUGAUGAAAGUGUCCAAAAACUGCAGUAAGCAUACAAGCAGUUAUGAACRUGUUUUCUUGUUACUUUGCCAAUAUAUUACCUCUCUAGCUACACAUCUCUUGCAUCUCUAGCUGUACCUGUUAUAAUUGGGUUUAUACRUCCUAAAGUAACUGUAGUAAUCAAGAAACUGUUUGCAGCAACAAUCUAUUAAGAUCUCAUUUUGUUACCCACCCUUGAUGGCAGAAGGCAGGGUGAGGUGUAUUUUUUUCUUAUUUUCAUUUUCCUCAGGCUUUCAGAAGGCUCAGAUGACUUUUCAUUCCUUUAUACAUACAGAAUGAACACCCACAAAUAAGGACCUGGCCCAGUAUCUAUGUUUAAUGCUGCUUUGCUUUUAAAUAAAAGUGCCUUCAUGAUAUAACUAGUAGAUAUUUUAUGCAGUUGAUGUUUAUUAUAUUAGUUGACAUGCUACACCAUAAUUCAGAUUUUAUGUGUUUACUACAUGAUUCAGUUACUGAUUCCAUCAAGUGUGCAAGAAAUUACACAUUUUGAGUGUAAUUUCUUAUCCUGUUUGGAGAUGGUGGUUAUGUGUGUUCAUUUUUAAACAGUGUAUGGUUGUCUGCCAGAAAGCUGCUACUACACUGUUCACCUCCAGCUUUAGUCUCUGCUGAAUAAUGAAUGCAGAAGAAUUUAAACUUGUCAGUGGGAAAACAAGUUUAAGUUAUAACAAAAUAUUCUUUCAGUUACAGAAAUGAACCAGGAAGUGCAUUUAUAGUAUUGAUGCUACUUUUGUCCACUCAUGCAAUGCAUACCUGUUUUGACAUGUAAAAAACUAAUUUUGCCAAAAAUUAAUGUGAUGAAAAUGAAAGUGAAAAGGUCACAACAUAGGGUUUUGUUUUAAACCAGAAAAUCAUUUUACACCUGAAUUACAUACUAUUGAUGUUUAAUUACUGUUGGCAAGAAGUAAAUACCAAUGAGCAAAACUUCAAAAGUAUCUAGCUAAUUCAUUCCAAUCUAUUUCACCAAGUCAGGCACUUCAAUAGUKGUAUCACAACAUCAGAAUUCUGGUGAUCACCACUUUACCAUUUCCUACGUACUGAAGUAAUCCAUCUCCAAAACAGAUGUCUAACUUCGUAACAAUUUCAGGUUUUCAUAUAAUAUACAUAUAUGCAAAUAGCAAUUAUUUGUGUACUAUGUCUUGAGAAAGCAAUUCUGGAAAAAAAGGCAGUUGUGUUUAGAUUAAUUCCCCCCUAAAAGAUAAGUAGCUAGGGUACCGAAAGAUAUUUCUGUUUUCCACAGCAGCAUCAAAUUCACUCUCCCUGCAUCMCAAAAAAAAAGGCAACUUCAAGAAUUACAGAAAAACUUGCAGAAAAGUAGAGUGUUGGGCAAGUUUGUCCUGCAUGUGUGAUGUCUUAAGUUUGCAUGUUGCACAGAAAUUGUGACCUUGAAACUACAGAUGAAAAGUCCCUGAUUAAAAUACUUCAUAGCCAGAAUAAUAUUUUAGAAUGCAAUUAAAGAAGUAAAUAUUACCUAAAGAUACUUCUGCAAAAAUUUUUAUCAUGAUAAGAAUGCUUACUGCAAGACUGACUUGUUGUUACUCCAUUUACUCAAUUGUAUUUUUUAUURCUGGCAUAUACAUGAUGCAAGCUUGUAUCCAUUCUAGCCACUAUUUUGCCACUCUGUUGAACCCACAUUCCUUUGGCAUUAAGGGUGCUCAUCAGACUGUCCUGUUAAACCUUUCCUAAAUGCCUCAAAAUGCUUUGGUAGGUGAUCGCUAUUUCUAGUUUUUGCCAACAGAAACUGUUMUCCUUUACAUCACAAUUUGUGGACAAUGGUAGCAAAAGCAACUUCAAAGAAGGCAUAACUAAGGAAACUUGCUAUGUUUUAUAUCAACAUCCCAAAUUGUAGCRUUUAAUUUGUUACUCUUUACUAUGUGAAUGGUACUUAAAAAGGAAGAACAGUAUUUCAAGCCAGGUAAUUAGACAGUCUCUGAUUUGUCCUUUGUACUGGAAAUACAGUGCAUCCAAACCACUAAACAUCUGAUGUUAUAAAACCCUAUCAUCAGGAAAUGCUUGCAUCACACCAUGCACCUGUACCAUCUAUUCAGGCAGAAUCAGCAGAGAAUGCCCAGUUUGGAGAGGUGGGGGAAAUAGACACACAGACACACACAGACCCAGAACACCAACCAGAUAACAGCGAUAAACUAAGAAUCAACUGUCCUAUUAAUCUUAYUAUUUAACUGAUGUAUUGGCAUUCUUUCUCAAGUUUCCUAUGCCUCAGUGCAUYUGUACAUACUUUGAAGUACAGCUCUUCUUUUUAUAGACCCUGAAAAAAUACCUGUUUUUGGAUUAUCAAUCAAACAUGACAGAUUAACCCAAAGUGGUUAUAUACUCUAAUCUGGCUUUAAUUUAAAUACAAAUCAGCUACAGGACAAACAAACAUUUUGAAAUGCCUUAGUUAUGACCUCUGCUAYUACAAACUUAAUGAUACUUUUUAUAUGUUCACUAAGGGGGAAAAACGCUUACCAUCCCAAAAACUAAUAACAAUUUAUCAGUAAUUACUCUUUUUCUGAAAACAGUUAAGUGUUUUUUUCUGAAGGAUAAUCUCACACUUUACUGGCAAAACAACCUAUUAAACUCCCCUACCUUUCCAGCCUCCAUGUUUGAAAUCUAUUGUGUAAUAGCUAGAAGAACUUUAAAACCAACAAGUCAUCUAAAACUGAUUAACUGGARUAGUCAUAGUCAUAUUCACAUUUACAACACAACUUAGUACUAAAAAUACUAGCUUACAAAAAUGGUCACAAUGAAGUUCUCAACACCAUAAUAAGGUCGGGGAAGUUUACUUUGAGGAUUCUCAUGUUUUUGUUUUCCCUGCAACAUAUUCUGCCUCCUUUAUCUCUUUAUAGUAUCUAUUAAAUAAAGCACAAAAUUCUUGGGGUUUCUUUAUUUUUAAGUUCAGAGGAGGAUUCAAAACUAUUAUUCUGAAGCCAAUUCCUACCAGACAGCAGAAAGAAGUAUGCUAAGCAUUCAGAAUUUGAAAACUUGGCCAUGCACAUUUCUUUGCUCCCUUGCAUUAUCAUUCAAAAUGCGUUUUCCUUGGCACUUAAAACACAGGAUAAAAUGCAGAAGAAAUAAGGCUACGCUGACCUUKUAAAAAUUACAGAACAAAAAUUCCCUUGAUUUUGUUUGCUUGUACCAACUAGUUUGCGUGGAAGUUUUGCAAUGAUAAUGACUUUACAAUAAAGCAGUUAAGGUUUGACCAUCAGUUAGGGAGGAUCAUUCACUGGAAAGGCUGCCUGGACAGUUCUGUCCUUAAAGCUAUUAAAGAUGCAGUGGGCAAGGCCUUGAGUAGUCCAUUCUAACCAGAACUGCUUUGAGGAGGGGAUUGGAAUAGAGGCCUCCCUACUUUAUCAGCUUCAUGAUUUUUUUGGUAUUGCCCAAGCAAAGGUUAAAUGUUUUCACUGCCAAAUUGCAACCGUUGUCUAAGUUUGAGGCGACUGAGACUUAAUUCUUCAAUACUACAGAUACUAUCUUGCACAGUUUCAAUGUCAACCAAAGUCCUUACCCGCACAACCAAAGUUUCCUACUAAAUCUAUAUUUAGAAGAUGCAGCUUUUCCAAGCUGC